AACCUACCUGUCAGUUUCUGGCGGGGUGCCUUGCCUUUAAUUUUGUAGGUUUGUUGGGUUCAUAUCUACAUUUAUAUACCUUUACUGCCAUUAUCUGCAAUAAUUGUAGCUUAGUCGACAUGGGUGAGGAUGGUGCAGGUUCCGAUGAUUACGACCCACAUGCAGAUCCUAAAGCAGAUCCCCGUGAGAGACGACGAAUUCGAUACGAAUAUCGUGAACUGAUCGCCGAAACUCAAAAAAAUAGACAUGAUUUUAUCAAGCCUGAGUCGACCGGAUUACACCAGGCUCUGGACAAAGCUGACACUUUAUUUAAAGGAGUGAGGUUAACAAGAGAGGCUGUUCUUGACUCUCAUUUCCUGGUGCUUGCUUCAAAUCUUGGAAGUCAACAGGCUCAGCAAUUACAAACUCACUUGGUUACAUUUGAUCCUGAUACCUUUGUCCAGAAGCUGAUCACUUUUAUGGGAGGCAGAAAUAUUGCAGAUGCAAGUAGAGAAGAUGACGAAGAUGAGGACAUGCCCAGUAGAAGUCGACAUCCACCUCCCUGCCUUGAUUGGAAGAAGCUUGGACAAAAAGCAAGUGUGGCUUUCAGGAGAACACCAAAUGUUGAUUUUAUGCUUGGUCCCUUAUCUAUGGAACCUCCCCGUCGUCCAACAAGAGAUACGCAGAAAAAAACAUCACAACCUAAGCCCACCCAAUUAGUCAAACCAACACAGUUGGAGAAAGUGGAAGCCAGGGAGGAAGCUACAACUAAAGAAGUUGAUAGAUUACAUCAAGUCCUUUAUGAUAACACAGUCACAGAUGAUGAUGACUUAAAUCCAGUGUGUCUGUUCAAGUUUAUCAUCAAUCCUGAUUCAUUUGGCCAGACUAUCGAGAAUCUUUUCCAUUUAUCCUUCUUAGUUAGGGAUGGUCGUGCUGAUAUAAGUCUUGAAGAUGAACUACCAGUUGUGUCAUAUGUAGAAACGGGCGGUGAUAACGAGGAAAACGUAAAGAAACAAGUGGUUGUUCAUCUCACUCUUCAAGAAUAUAAGGAGAUUAUAAAAACGUUUAACAUCACAGAGCCAAUGAUUCCGCCACGUCCCAGGAUGAAUCAUAUAAACAGUGCUGGUCCUAGUAAUCGCAGAAACCAGAAUGAUGAUGAUGAUGAUGAUGAGGAAGAGGAUGACCAUUAGCCCAGCGCAAUCUACUGAGAGAUUUGAGCGCCCUCAUGAUCGGCAACAAAAACAAAGAGGAAACUCGUGUUGUUUUGAGGAAAUCUCUGUCUGUUUGUUUUUCUUUCUUGAGAGAGGAGAAAACCAUGCCAGGAGCAAAUGUGAUAAUCAGUUAAUGUCAGGAAAGUCUGAUGGAUUGAAGUCAGAGAGGGAGCAGAGUCAGACCACUGUACAUGUACAUUCUGUCUCUACACUUUGAAAAUAUUACUUUCUUAAUCUACCUUGGACUUUUAGUAGAUUUCAUUGUGUUUCAGUUUGUAGCUUAUGAAGCAUUAGGAUUUCUCAUGGGUAAUGGUGUUUGGGAAAUAUCAGAUGGAUAAUAAUCAUAGCAGAUUAGAAGUGAAAUUUAACUGAAAAAUGAAAAGCUGUCGUUUUUCUACUAAGAACAAGCAAAUACCCCCAUGCCAGUAUUACAUUGCAAGAAAAACGGUUCUUUUAAACACCUAUGUGAAGAUUAGGGUGAAAGGAGAAAAAGAAAUGCUUAAUUAAGUCAUUGUAUUGUGGAUCUUUGGUCAUAUACCUUCCUUUAAAAAAAAAAAAUUCUUCAACGCUUUACUAGAUUACAACAAAAAAGUUAUAUUCCUUGUAUUUCCAAUAAAAUUUAGAAUAUAUUUUGUCAUAAAUGAAGAUUUAAAAGAAUAUUCCACCGGUAAUUCCCAAGAUAUUUUAGUGUACAGGGUAUUAAAGUUACAGUUCAAGUUUUGUUAAAAAUAAAAGUUAAAAUACACCAAA